AAUGGCUACUUGCAAUUGUGACACUCUAAUCCCAACCUUGUUACCUUAACAAAAGUGUGACACUCCAAUCCCAACCUUUUAUUACCUUAACACAACCACCUCUCACCUCAAAUACUUCCCAUUCUCUCUUUUGAAAUCACUACACAACACCAAGAAAUCCAAAUCUAAUUCCUUAUCUCGUUUGAUAUCCUGAUUCCUACUCUCUUAGUUUCCACUCUAUUGUAUGGAUGCAUGUGAUGAACUGAUGAUAUAUGCAUUUGCUUUUAUAGUUUGCUUGGCCACCAAGUAACGACAAAGAGAAACAGUUUCUAACUUUUUCUUGGCUGGUUGUAAAUAAUCUCUCUUUUCUCUAUUGGAUCAUAGCUUUCUGCACCCUCUUCCUCUUAGGUUCCCAUAUUUUUCUCUCUUGUCGUGGACCUCAACUUUGUAGGCUCGCCUUAGAAAAAACCUUCUUUUCUUUUUGGUGGGGGUGAGAGUUGCUAUCUUAUUCCUGGUUUCAUCAACAAGACACUAACAUCUUUGUUGUUUUUAGUUUCAGAAUUCCUUAUACUCACACACCAAAAUUCUGGUACACCAUGAUUUUUCCAAGAUUUUGUACGAAUCUAAAAGGUAUGGAAUUGGAAACCCUCUACACCCCUUGUUAUAUGCCAAACUCAAAUUGGUUUGUGCAAGAGAGCCUCAGCACAGAGUGGACUAGAGAAGAUAACAAGAAGUUUGAAAGUGCCCUUGCUAUAUAUGACAAGGACACCCCAGAUAGAUGGUUCAAGGUGGCCGCUAUGAUCCCUGGGAAGACUGUGUUUGAUGUGAUCAAGCAAUAUAGGGAACUGGAAGAAGAUGUGAGUGAAAUCGAAGCAGGGCAUGUUCCGAUUCCCGGCUACCUUGCAUCUUCUUUCACCUUUGAGCUGGUUGACAACCACAACUAUGAUGGAUGCAGAAGAAGGCUUGCACCUGUCAGAGGCUCUGAUCAAGAGAGAAAGAAAGGAGUCCCAUGGACUGAAGAGGAACACAGACGUUUUCUGAUGGGACUUUUGAAGUAUGGUAAAGGAGAUUGGAGAAAUAUCUCUCGCAAUUUUGUGGUCACAAAGACUCCAACCCAAGUUGCUAGCCAUGCACAAAAGUACUACAUAAGGCAAAAGGUUUCUGGAGGCAAAGAUAAAAGGAGACCUAGCAUCCAUGAUAUAACCACUGUUAAUCUUACAGAAACUUCUGCAUCAGACAAGAACAAGCCUCCUGUGAUUGCACCACAGCAGAAGCUGAAUAGCAUGUCAAAAGUACAGCUGGACUGGACUAGUAGCCACUACAAUGAUGGAUCACUCAUGGUUUUCAACCCAAAUAGUGAUGACUUGUUUGUGUCAUCUUCAUCUGAUGUCACUUCCAUGGCCCUGAAAAUGCAAGGGCAAGAUCUCUAUGAAUGUGCCUUACGUGAGGCUUAUGCCAAGGUAAAAGUUCCAGGUUUCAGCAUGGCUCCUAGAGACUUCAAUAAUGAAGCUGUUUUUGGUAUUCAUGCACUGUAAUUCCAACCCUGAUGAUGUUAAAGAAAAAAUUAUAGAUCAUUGUUCUGUAGGAUUAAUGUAGAUGACCUGAAGCUAGCAAGCUACUUCGUUCAUCAUUAGUGAACAUCCUAAAAGAAAACUAGACUAAUGUUUCAAUCCUUAAAAACUGAAUUUGGAAUGGACUUCUUUUAAAGUUUUCCUCUUUUA